AUGGCGACAUCGUCGUCUUCAACGGCGACCGUGUCUGCCUCUAAGAAGCGGCGUUCCAGAGGCGGGACCCUAACCCUAGAUGAGGUGAAGAAGCUGGGAACCGAGCUCCUUUCGUCGCGCGCCCACCUCAACCACGCCCCCGCCCUCCUCGCGCUCCUCUCCCCCACCGCGCCGCUGGACCUCGCUCUCGAGGCGCUCAUCUCGCUCCAGUCCUUCUUCGUACCACUCAUCCCAUCCAUCCCUUCCGCCUCUGCGGCAGCCACCGCGGGGGAUGCUGGCAGCGACCCCGAGCUCGUGUUUGGAACCUGGCUGCGGCAGCGGUUCGACGAGCUCGUUGCUGCGCUGGUGGAGCUCAGCGUGUCUCCACACAGCGAUGACGCAAUCAGGGAUGUAGCGCUGGAUGCUCUCAUGGAUUUCGUGAAGCUGGGGAAGGACGGGAAGUUCCAAUCGGCAAUUUACCACAAGUUUCUCUACGCUGUCGUUCAUGCUGCUGAUCCCAUUGAUACGUUGUUAGAGUUGCUUGGAUCAAAGUACUUCAAAAACACUGAUGUUUGUUACUUUACUUACACUAGCUUAGACAAGAUUGCCAACAGUCUGGGCAGUAAAACCACUGGUUCUGGAAAAGAUGCCAUGCAAAAUGGAAGUGAUGGGUCAGAAAACAGAAGUAGUAUUUUUGUACACAACAUAUACAAUCUUUUGGCACAUGUUCCUUCGAUGGAUUUUCAAAAGGAAUCAUCAUUUGAUAUGUGGAGUACUGUUGGGCCGUCUUCUAAAGGAGAAAAGGACUCUUCCAAGGACACUUCUACUUACAUCAAGAAAAAACUAAAAUUGAAGUUCACCAAAGCAUGGCUGUCUUUUCUCAAGUUACCACUACCACUUGAUGUGUACAAGGAGGUCCUUGCUUCAAUUCAUCAAAAUGUCAUUCCUUCAAUGUCAAACCCUUCCAUCUUAUGUGAUUUCUUGACUAGAUCAUAUGAUAUUGGUGGUGUUAUCAGUGUGAUGGUCUUAAGUGGCCUUUUCAUUCUUAUGACACAACACGGUCUGGAGUAUCCAAAAUUCUAUGAAAAGCUUUAUGCGCUACUGACUCCUUCUGUUUUCAUGGCAAAACACCGGUCAGUGUUCUUGCAACUUCUUGACACAUGCCUGAAAUCUUCUUAUCUUCCUGCAUAUCUUGCUGCUGCAUUUGCAAAAAGAUUGAGUAGACUUGCUCUUUCAGUUCCUCCAGCUGGAGCUCUUAUUAUUAUUGCUUUAAUUCAUAAUCUGCUGCGGAGACAUCCCUCAGUUAAUUUCUUGGUCCAUUGGGAGGUUGAUGAGAGUGAUAGCAAUGCCACAGGAGAAGCUAGUCAAUCUAAGAAGAUUGGUGCUGAUCCUUUUAACAAUAAUGAGGCAGACCCUGCAAAGUCUGGUGCAAUGCGAAAUUCUUUGUGGGAAAUAGACACGCUCCACCAUCAUUACUCUCCCGCAGUUUCUAGAUUUGUCGCAUCACUUGAGGAGGAUCUCACUGUCCGGGCCAAAACUACUGAGAUGAAAAUAACGGACUUCAGUUCAGGUUCCUAUGCAACAGUUUUCAGGGACGAGGUACGUCGGCGGAUAAAACAGGUCCCCCUUGCAUUCUACAGAACCACACCAACUUCUUUAUUUCUAGGAUCAGAUUUUCCUGGAUGGACCUUUGGGGGCCAACACAAUAGCACCGUAGAAACUAUUGUAGAAGGCAAUGGAAAAAUCGAGGUGGUAGGAGCUAGCGACAGCACACCUUCCAAAAGGUUGCGGAUGGAGACCUGA